AGACUCAACCUUGAAAGUAUACCAUUAAAACCUAGAUUUUGAGGUGAGGGUGCCGUGCCGUUAUUGUACUCAAGCGAUGUUGGACUCCGCUAUAUGCCCACCUUCAUGAGUCGGGUGCUGACUUAGCAGCACCUGCCAGUGUAGGUUAGGGACGCACACCCUACCCAUCCUUGGGUUAGUUGGGUACCCCAGCUUUGAUACCAUGCUACACGGUUUGGGUAGAACUCAACCUCAAAAACUGAGGGUGCCCCCUCACAUUACUUUUGUAUUCAAGCAAUGUGGGACUCUUGCUUCAAGACAUCUCGCCUUCACUGUGUUCCUAUAGCGGUUACAGGCAAACUAUGUUCUUUGGUUCAUGUUCACCCUAUUUCUCUUUGGAAAUUGAAUAGAUGUAGAAUGGUUCUUCUAAAGUUCUUUUUGAAUAAUAUUUUUUGUUUAAUUUUUGGUACAUUGGAGGCUGUGGCCUGGGUGUAGCAAGGGUUUUGGCCAACUGGGAUAGCCCCACUUGAGUGAAACAUGGACAACAAGACAUGGCUUUGGAGGAAAAGAUCAUCAGAGAAGACAAUUGUAGCAAAUAAUAAAUCAGAUUUUUCUUCACAAGGAAUUGAAGAAGAGAUACUUGCAACUGAGAAAGAAGCUAGUCUGGAGCGGUCAUUGGAAAAUUUAAAUGAGAAGUUAGCAUCAGUUAUCUGUGAGGUUAACGCUAAAGAUGAACUUCUUGCGAGACAUGCAAAAAUAGCAGAAGAAGCCAUUGCAGACCGGGAGAAGGCAGAGGCAGCUGCAGUGUCUCUUAAACAAGAACUCGACAAAGCUUUACAGCAGAAAAUAUCUUCAAAUGAAAGGUUGACUCAGUUAAAUGCUGCGUUGAAGGAAUCCACGCAUCAAUUAAGUUUGGUUCGAGAAGAGCAGGAACAAAGGAUACGUGAUGCUGUUAUGAAGACAUCAAAAGAAUUUGAAGAGGCGCAGAAAAAAUUAGAGGAAAAAUUGACUGAGAAAAGUGAAAUGCUUGCAAACUUAACUGUUGAGAACAGUCGUCUGAGUAAGGCCUUCCUAGUGAAUGAGAAACUGAUGGAAGAUCUAAGCAAACACAAGUCUCAGGCAGAAGUGGAGUUCAAUACACUGAUGGCCACACUAGAUUCCGUAGAAAAAGAAAACGAUUUUCUCAAGUAUGAGUUUCGCAUGCUUGAGAAGGAGCUUGAGAUCCGAAAUGAGGAGAUUGAAUUCAACCGUCUAUCUGCUGAUGUGUCACACAAGCAACACAUGGAAAGUGAAAAGAAGAUCUCGAAAUUGGAAGCAGAGUGUCAGAGAUUACGAGUGCUAGUGCGGAAGCGAUUGCCAGGUCCCGCUGCUUUGGCAAAGAUGAAGAGUGAAGUAGAAAUUUUGGGACAGAAUCAAUCAGAGAUGAGGAGAAAGUCGAAUCCCAUAACAGGAAGUUUGAUUGUGAGAGACAGCGGCAUAGCAAACCCUCCCGACAUUCCCAACAAGACGAUUAGUUUCUUGAUUGAGCGGUUGUAUGAUGUGGAAGAAGAAAACAAGACUCUCAAAGAAAUUCUAGCCAAGAAAGAAGAUGAGCUCCAUUUUUCACAAAUUGUUUGUGCUCAAACAGCUUCCAAGUUAUCAACAGUUGAAGCUCAAUUUGGAGAACUUUCGAAAGGUGAAAAGUCUGUAGAGUUGGCUCACAAAAUUUUUGGAGUUUCAGACAUGAGCUUAAUGGAUGACUUUGUUGAGAUGGAGAAAUUAGCGAUAGUUACUGUUGAUACGCCCAUGGGAAAUUCUUACACUUCUUUAGAUGCAAGUAAUGUGUUAGAAAUUUCCUCAGACGAGUCUGGUGGAUAUCAUUUAGAUCCAAGUGGUAAGGAACUUGUUCCAGUGGUACAAGGUCAGUCCAGUGACAUCAAACAGGAAAUCCAAACAAAAGACGAAUCAACUCGAAAAGGGUAUGAUUGGCUUCAGGAUGUUCUGAAGUUGAUCUUAGAUCAAAACCACAAGUCAAAAAGAAGUUUUGAUGAUCUUCUUGAGGAUAUUCGAAUAGGUUUGAGUUAUAUGAAUUAUUCUUGUGAUAGUGAAGCUAACAAGGAAGAAAGUUCAAAUCGUCCCGCAGCGUCUGCCCCGAUCCCCAUUAGUGGCUACAUCACUUGGAAAUCUCCAAAUAUUUCUUCAAAGGUCGGUUCACUCGAUGGAGUUCCUCAUAGUGAGACCUGGGUGGAAGAAACAACCGACCAGCAUAGUCAAUCUAAUAUGAAUAGUUCAAUCCGUAAGACUAUCGAGCUUAUCAGAAGGAUUGAUCCGGCGAGUUUAAAGAAUGGUUAUGUUCCAGAUAAUUGUUUGGAAAGAGAUCGGAAUACCUAUCCCUUCAAGCUUUUGCCAACACCAUCAGAAUAUUUGGUUUGUGUUUUCCGAUGGAAAAGUUGUGAACUGGGCACUGUUUUGCAACAAUUUGUUCGCACUUGUGAUGAUCUGUUGGAUGGAAAGGUCAAGUUUGAAAACUUUGCUGCAGAAUUGACAUCUGCAUUGGACUGGAUUAUAAACAACUGCAUUAUCUCUAGUGAUGUCUCGAUUAUGAGAGACGAGAUCAAGAAGCGUUUGGAUUUUGAUAAAUCACCAAGUGCAAUCAAGCUUGGUGGAGUAGACAGCCCAUUUUCAGAAUCAGACAAGGUUCACAGGUCUGAAGAGCACUCAAUGCAUGUGUGGGAAGAAAAUAUGGGACUAAAAGAUGAGUUGAAGAAUAUGGAGUCUUCACAGAAAGAUCAAGAAGCAAGGCUUAGGUCAGCAAAUGAUAAGAGCGAGGCCUUGAUGAAUCAAGUUCGGGAAUCGGAGCGAAGUAUUGGAAACUUACAAAUGGAACUAAAAUCAUUGAAAGAAUCAAAAGGCAUGGUUGAGGGUCAAAUGGAAAGUCAAAAGCUUAUUAAUGAAGAUCUUGAUACCCAACUUACUGUUACCAAAGUUAAACUAAAUGAGGUUGUUCAUAAGUUAUCAUCUCUCGAAGUAGAACUGGAUGAUAAAUGUCAAUGUUGUGAAGAAUUAAAAGCAACAUGUCUUGAGCUACAACUCCAGCUGGAAAGUAUUACCAGCAAGGAAGUUCUGAAAGACAACAUAGACCAGGAGGAGAGGCUACUACAAACUGGCUGGGAGAUCACAGCUGCUUCUGCAAAGUUAGCAGAGUGCCAGGAAACAAUCUUAAACCUAGGAAAACAGUUAAAUGCACUGGCUUCUCAACGGGAAACAUCAGUUUUCAACAAGGUUGUUUCUACCACCAACAAUAAGAAGUUAAGGCAAUGGUCGCCUCUGCGUGAUCGAAUGCUAGCGGUGGAUGAUGCUGAAACAGGGGAUCUGAAUUCCCCAAAGACAAAAGAAAUUAUAAGAAGCACUGUGGAAGCAAAGAAACCAAGUAUCCCGGAAGCAUGCAUUGGUUCAAAGCAUGAAGCUCAUACUGCUGCGGCAGUUGGGUCUUUGGCGAUCGUUCCGAGCAAGAAACGGAGAGGAGGGGUUGGAUUCCUGAGGAAGCUUCUGAUGAGGAGGAAGAGAGGGAAUAUCAAGAAGACAUCUCAAUCAUUCGCCACGUAAUGUAUGCAUGAUGAAGCAAUAAAAACCGGCACCAUUCAGGACUUUACUUGUCAGUGACUACUGCCUUCUUGUCUGAAAAUAAGUAUUGUAAGUAUUUUUAGCUUUUUUUUUCUUUUUUUUUCCCCCCUUUUUUGAAGAGAGAGAAAGAUAGAGUUAUGUGAAGUUGCUGGUGCUGGUGCUGGUGCUGGUGCUGUUGAUGUAUAUAUACGUGUAUGCCAGCGCAUUUGGUUAUGUAUUUAGAGUGGUAAUAAUUUACAGAGCAAUGACAUAGCCAUGUAUAAAGAUGAAUCAGAUGAUAUGUACAUACAUACAUAUAUAUAUAUAGAGUAGCCAGGAGUGAGGUAUUGUUCAUGGAA